AUGAUGCUCAACUCAGACCAGACAGACCUUGACCUCCCCCCCACACACUCCGAGCCCGAAUCCGUCUUCAGCGACUGCGGCCGCGGGGGUGGCCCCGAGGACUCCGGCAACGUCGCUUUGUGCUCCGAAUCCCGGGGAGCUGAGCCUGGAGAAGCUGUGAAGAAAGAUCUCCAGCACCUGAGUCGGGAAGAACGUCGGCGCCGGCGUCGUGCCACGGCCAAAUACCGCACGGCCCACGCCACGAGGGAGCGGAUCCGUGUGGAAGCCUUCAACAUGGCCUUUGCUGAGCUGAGGAAGCUGCUACCCACGCUGCCACCCGACAAGAAGCUCUCCAAGAUCGAGAUCCUGCGCCUGGCUAUCUGCUACAUCUCCUACCUGAACCAUGUGCUGGAUGUCUGA